CCAACCUGCCUGCUACUUGCAGCUAAAAUACUCCGUUUUGCUCUAGAAGACACCUUGCACAGGGAGGAACCAGAUGCUCGGAUGGGGCCGCUGUGGCACCUUUGUCUCCGGAUUAAUUUAAGUUUCACCUGCAGUUUUUCUCAUCUGCUCAGCGAGGGUUUAAAUCUGUGGAAAUGAGACUCCCAAAUGUGUUUGGCUCUGGCACAGAUGAGUGGAGCUUUGUGAUAGAGCGCUGCUCAGCCCGGUGUGCUGGAUGUCUGUGACACAUCCAUGGGCCAGAAGGACCAUGUGGAGGCGGGAGCGGGCCACAUCCUCGACCUGGGGCCGGACCUGGAGUAUCUCCACGUAGCGGGGGCCGACCGGCAGGCUGGCGGCGUUGACGAACCCCCUGCUAUGGAAAAGCAGGGGGAGAGCUUCACCAAAAACACCACGCUGGGUUCCCCUCCAACGACACUGGCAGAGGAGAGCGGGGGAUCCGAUGGAGAGUGCAAGUUGGCGCAGUCUUCCCAAUCUGCCCCUGUGGUAGGGGCAGAUUCAGACGGAGGAGAGGUCACGUACACCUGCAGUAAAAACACCCACCAGCCGCUGUGCCGCACACAAUGUGUGGAUCUGGGCACAGAGGGGCCUCCCGAGCCUGCCCUCUCAGGGGAACCCGAGCAUGAAUCGCCUGAGCCUCCAUCCAACACCACCACAUCAGAGCCAGAGCCCAAGCCAGGAGGGAAGGACUACCAGGCCAAGCUGGAGUUUGCCUUGAAGCUGGGCUACUCCGAAGAGACUGUGCGACAAGUUUUGUCCAAGCUUGGACCCGACACCCUCAUCAACGACAUACUUGGCGAACUGGUCAAACUGGGCACCAAAUCUGACAGCGAACAGCCAGCGGGAGUAUUGACCUCUACCUCAUCAUCUUCAUCUUUGUCGUCUUGCGGCUGUUCUGAUAUGCUGGAUGGCCAGAGAUCGGACUCUCCGUUACCCUCAGAGUCUUUCUGCGACCAGGACAACCUGCGGCCGAUCGUGGUGGACGGCAGCAACGUGGCUAUGAGUCAUGGGAACAAAGAGGUGUUUUCCUGUCAGGGCAUCCAGCUGGCUGUAGACUGGUUCCUGGAGCGUGGUCAUCAGAACAUCACAGUUUUUGUGCCUGCUUGGAGGAAAGAGCAGUCCCGCCCUGAUGCUCCAAUAACAGAUCAGGAGAUCCUGCGGCGCCUUGAGAAGGAAAAAAUCCUGGUCUUUACCCCGUCGCGGCGCGUCCAAGGUCGCCGCGUGGUUUGUUAUGACGAUCGCUUCAUCGUCAAGCUGGCGUAUGAGUCAGACGGCAUCAUUGUCUCCAAUGACAACUACAGAGACCUGGCUAAUGAAAAGCCUGAGUGGAAGAAGUUCAUCGACGAGCGGCUGCUCAUGUAUUCCUUUGUUAAUGACAAAUUCAUGCCUCCAGAUGACCCUCUUGGACGCCAUGGCCCCAGCCUGGACAACUUCUUAAGGAAAAGGCCCAUCAUGCCUGAGCAGAAGAAACAACCCUGUCCUUAUGGAAAGAAGUGCACGUAUGGCCAUAAGUGCAAGUACUACCACCCUGAGAGAGGAGCUCAGCCUCAGCGCGCCGUGGCCGACGAGCUGCGUGCCAGCGCAAAGAGCUGCGUCCCCUCCAAGAACCAGGGGGAUGCUGGACUGGUGAAGAGUCACAGUGUGCCAGCUGGCACCAUUGAGGCAAAGAAUGGUGCCCAAAAAAGGCAGUCGGAUCCCAGCAUCCGAGCUCUGUCGUACAGUGAUGCUGAGGAGAAGCUACUGGCAAAAACUAGGGUAGAAAGCCAGAAGAGCAACAUAGGUGGAAGCAGUAGUAGCAGCUCUAGCAGCAGCAUUAGCUGUAGUGGUACUUUAACCAUUUCUCCAGCGCUGGGAGGACCCUCAUCUGGUGUUGGCCUUCUGCAAGACCAACAGUCCAGAUCAGGUACACAUCUACCAGCCCCCAGCCAUGAUCUCUACCCUCACUGUGAGUCUUCAGACUUAAGCUACUACUCUGUAACACGGGCCUACUCUGGCCUGAGCCUCUCCUCCCGACGAAGCCCGGACUGCCGCUACCCCAACGAUCCGGACCUGCGGCACGGCUCGAUGGGCUCAGCGGGUUCUGAAUGUGGGAGUGAAAGCAGCGUCAGUUGUGGCAGCAGUGACUCUUACAGUGACAGAUCCUAUCCUGGAUGCCCCCCAGAUCCUUUAUUAGAAGAAAGCGUUCAUUUCCCCAACCCCAACAGCCGCCACUACCCUCAUCACAUCACUUCUAACCAUGAACUCUGCAGUCUUCACGCCGCUGAUUACUCAAACAUCAAACACAACCACACCUCUAAUCCAGGAGUUCAUUCAUACCAUAUGAGUGCUUCAUGUGGGCAAAGCUGUGUUCAUGAGCAGCCUCCACUGGAGCCUAAGCGGCCCCUCUACCCCCUGCCUCCUCACCUCCAACACCAGCCCCUUGCUGCCCGCUCCAGCUGCCCCGGGGACUACCACUCUCUGCCCCAGUCCCACCGUCAGCCCCCUGGCUCCCCCAUUGGUCGCUGCCUGGCCCCCACACGAGCUGAAAGUGUAUCUGACUCACAUCUGUACGAACACCUCUCUGCAUCUCACCACCACCAUCGAUCGAAAGCUCUGCCCAGCUGGGAAACCUACUACAGACAGCCUUCAAUGCCUCCGUCAAGGUACGAGCCGUCAGCCUAUCAGAGUCUGCCUGAUACGCACCAGUCAUCUUGGCACGCCCCACCGUGGCCUCCAGACGGCUACAGCCAGCACCACUCGUCUCACCCAGCUCUUCACCCAUCCCCAACACGUUACCUAAGCCACCCGCCCCCAGCUCUCUCUCCCCACCCGCCUUAUCCCCCUCACAGCUCCCAUCUCGCUCAUCCCUCACACCCUCCUCCUCCGUAUGUGCCGCAGCACUCUGACUCCCCUGUGCACGGGUGCUAUGAAGACAUGAGGGAGAAGGUGUACGUAAACCUUUGCAACAUCUUCCCCUCAGAGCUGGUGAGGCGUGUGAUGACCAGGAACCCCCAUGUCACGGACCCCCAGCAGCUGGCUGCCGCCAUCUUGGCAGAGAAAGCUCAAAGCGGCUACUGAAGAAACAUCUGCCAUCUGGACAAGCAGACCGCAUAAGUGGUUUGCAUUAAAAGCGGCUGGAACUUUAAGAGAUGCGGGUAAAAUUUUAAAGAAAUGGCUUCAAGAUGAUAAUUAAAAACGCAGCUUUGUUCUCUGCAGCAACAGUCAUCACCGAAAAUCUAUGACUAACUGAAAAGCACCUCUUCUUUUGUUGUUCAUUUCGACACAGAUGAGUUUUUAACGAGCAUACACAUGCAACACAGCCCGAAGGAAUCUUUUUGCUUUUCCAUCCAAAUCAUAACUUUCCCAGCUGCUACAUUUAGAACUAUAAUGAGCAAUUAUUAAACAUGUAUAAUACAUGUGUGUAGUAUACUCUGACUUUACCUUUUAUCACAAAUCACUGUUUUAAUGUUUUCUAGGAUGUUAAACCACAAAUUUCCUCCUUUUACAUACAAAACUCAUUAGACACAGGGUUCCUACGCAACAAGCUGGCAUUUUUUGUCUGUACUGAAUUGUGGUGACAAGAAACUAUAUUACCAUUAAUGAAUUUAGUCAGGUGAGAAACUCUUUGUAGUUUCUUUCCAAGGAGCUAUAAACCCUAAUGUUCAGUCCAAUCUGGGAAACACUUUAAUUUGCAAUAAACCUAACAAGGUCCUCUAGAUGUCAUAUUUUCAAAGAUGUGGGCUGCCACCGACAUGGAUAAGAAUUUGCUUUGACUAAAUCUGGAGCCCUACGAGGCCGUUUAGAGGGACCUGCAGAAAGGUGGUUGUUUAGAUUAAAGGAAAUAACGUAUUUUAAAAAUGCUUAGAAACCAUGUAUUUACAUAUUAGUGAUCUUUAUGCUACAUUUCAUUCUCUGGUAUUAUGUCAAACUACAUUGGUCUGUUUAUUGUGUCAAUCCUUUUGUCUGUGUAUGUUUUGUGCUGGGCUUUUUCCAUGGUUGUAAAAAAAUAUAUGGGUGUUUAAAAAUGUCUUUUUAUUGAGACGACAGUCUUUUUGGUCAGAGUUGUAAGCCGUAGAGAUGGGUGACCCUGUCCUGUGUACCUUAGUUUUAGUAAGGGACAUCUCUCUCUCACUCUCUCUAAGCUUUUAAGUUUUGGGCCAACUCUGAUUAUCUCCUUCAGGUCAGAUGCAUCACUGACAGCAAAAUGUAAAUAUAUUUAACCGUUUCCUCCGCUAAGCUUUCUGGGCAGUAGAGUCUGCUGUCGUCUGGAGCAGAUCUCAGCUGAGUUCACACUAGAAGGAGAAAAACCCUGUUUGAUACAAAUUGUAUCUUGAACUAAGUCGCUGAUGAUAAAUGCAGUACAUGGACUUGUUGAUGCGUGUCUCUUGGUGUAUUGCUCUAUGACGAAGUGCACUGAUAACCUCCGUUUCAUUCACAAUCCUACAACUUUUAUUCUUAAAUAGCUUUGAGACAAUUCAUUUGAAUAUAUUUUUUAAUAAUAGUGGUGGACCUACUAUGUUUAGGUAUCAACUACUUUAAAAGUUUUCUUUGGGUUUAGCUGGCUUAUUGCUGUUAUUGGCAACACUGGUAAAGAUGUGUAAAAAAAAAAUGUAUUGCAGUAACAAUCUCAUAUUUGUAAAACAUAUUGCUGUUUAAGUUCAUCUUUUAUAUAUCCGUUAUAAGCAUUAUUAUUAUUAUUAUUAUUUAUACUUCCAUUAUAUCAUUGAUUACAGUAUUGAGUCAUUUUAAAUGACUAAAAGAAGACUUCCUGUUUUCAAGGUAUAAAUGUGACGUGACACUCUUCAAAAUGGGAAAGACAGGAAAACAUGCCAUGAACGGUUAUGAGCCAGGAAGAUAGCUACUCACCAAAGCUAGCUCAUUGAGAAGUUUAGCACCCAUAGAGCAUUUUACACAUCUAUACCAGGGUGGGCAAUAACAGCUGAAGCUGCUGAAAAUAGCCAUUAAGGAAACGUUUAGUGAACGACAGCCUGAUUUUACUCUGAGGUUGGGGUCACUACCUUUUUUAAAUCUCCACUUAUAUACAUCAGGUCUUUUCAGUCCUACGAGGUAUAAUAAAAUAUAUUACUGAUUUCUUCCAAGUCAGGAAUUCAGUGAACUUCAGUGAUGUUUAAAAUAAUAUUUAGGCGAUAUCCCUCAUCUGUCAUGACUACACUUUUAAAAGUACACACUAGACUUAUUUAGGAACUGGUUUUGAUUUGACCCUCUAUUUGGGGCAGACAGGAUAAUAAUUAUGAAGUUCUCUAAAUUCCAAGGGGAAAAGGCUUAAGAUCCUCUAUUUUCUCUUAAGCAACAGGAUCAUUUAAUGUUCACAAAAGGUUCAAUUAUUCUGUCCUGUAAUUUUUAAGGGACAUCAAAUUUAAAAUCACAUUUGAAGUUCAAAAUGGCUAUCAAGGAGGUUAACUUGAGUGAACUUGUGGAUUGACAGCCAGCUCCAUAAAGCCUGGUGGCUUGUUUCCUGUACAACGCGACAUGUUGUACAUAUAAGUUUAAUUGUACAAUAAUGUUGAUGAGAGAGAAUUAUUUGUGUUUAUUGAAGAAGCGCCUUCUCUCCGGCCUCCUGGCACUGUGUGUCAGUGUGGCGAGUGAGCGUGGGCCCAAAGUAAUGCCUCUUCGUGGCAUUGUGCUUAUGACACAUCCGAUACUCUGAACUAUGUUCAGCUAACUAUUAUGCAUGAAGUUUUUUUUUUAUUAAUUCUUAGUUUUCUGCAUGAGUUGUAUUUAAUGCUUUCGCCUUGCUAUUCUAAUACGAUGCUAGUAACAGAGACGCCUGUAGGUUUAAAUGUUCACAGAACUGGUUUGUUCCCUUGCUUGUAAAUUUUCUGAGCAGCGACAAAAGUACAAGAUGCUUUCUUUAUAUAUAGUUUACGCUAACCACGAAGGGGAUUUCACGUCCUCUCCUCUAUCCUGUGGUGACAUCUGGCCUGUAAAUGUUUUAAAACUAACCUGGAGGAUAAUAAUCCAGUUUCAUGUUUUUGUCAAACUAACUGUAAUUACUUGAACUGCAAUUGUGAUUGUUCAAUAAAGGCAAUGUGCUGCUAUAAAA